CGGUAUUUUCCUGCAAUGAAAGGCUCGCAUCUAGCCAGAAAUUGAGAAACGAAUUGGAUUUUGGAUUGCACUGCACAGAAAAAUUGUCAACGUGAAGUGAAGCAGACGACAGAUCAGACCGCCAGCUGUGGUGGUCGCCGGUAUCGGUAUCAGUGAUCAGUGACAGUGAUCAGUGUUGAAUUGAAUGAAUGGUGGAUGGUUUGUUUUCAUGUUUUCAUUAUUAUGGACUGACUAUUGUACGUCAAGAGUACCCAAGAGGAUUGUAGUUUGUUAAUUUCUGACCUAAUUACUUGAAUGUUGAAUGGCCCAAUAAAAUUUUAUUUGAUUUUGUUUAAGUUUUGUUGGCGUUGCUGUAACCGCAACGAGGUGUCGGUGCCUCUAGCUCUAGUUAAAUAAUUGAAUACUAAACAAAUAGAUGUCCCUGUUCCUGUUGUAAUAAACAAAAAAUACAUACUCUAAUUGCUUGGGCCAUCAUAUUUAGUUUAACAUAACUUAUACAAAAUGCGAGAGAUAUCUAAUGUGAAGUUUGAUGAAGGGUUUCAGAUGAAUACUGCACAUAUUUUGAAGAAGAAACGAGAUGGUGGGGAGUUUACCAAAGAAGAAAUAGAAUACUUUGUCAGCAGUUUAGUGAACGGAAGUAUCUCUGAAUCACAAAUUGGGGCCAUGUUAAUGGCCAUGUACAUCCGUGGCUUGACAUACAAAGAAAUUGUAGACCUCACCCGUGCCAUGGUGUUUUCGGGGGAGCAGUUACAGUGGGAUCUACAGUGGCAAGGUGUGCUGGCAGACAAACACAGCACUGGAGGCAUUGGAGACAAAAUAUCAAUAGUUCUGGCCCCAAUACUAGCAGCAUGUGGCCUAAAGGUGCCGAUGAUUUCAGGACGUAGUUUAGAACACACCGGUGGAACAUUAGACAAAUUGGAAAGCAUCCCAGGGCUGAUGGUAGACCUAGACGUUUGUCAGAUGCAGAAGGCACUAGAGCACGCAGGUUGUUUCAUCACCGCAGCCACACAGAGUCUGUGUCCAGCAGACAAGACCUUGUACAGAGUGAGAGACAUCACUUGUACUGUGGACAACAUUCACCUAAUUGUCUCUUCAAUUAUAUCGAAAAAGGUCGCUUCAGGAACUAAGUUUCUGGUGGUGGAUGUGAAGGUGGGGAGAGCAGCUUUUUGCAAGACUGAGGAAAUGGGAAGAGCUUUGGCAAGGGAUCUUAUAAGGGUGUCGGCGGAGCUAGGAGUGACUACUAAGGUGGUGCUGUCCCGCAUGGAUGAGCCACUGGGACGCUGCGCAGGCAACGCCUUGGAAGUGAUAGAAGCAGUGCAGUGUCUGACUGGCGACAUGUCUCCUCAGAUCUCCCGUAUCGUGCUAGUCCUGGGUGUGAAUCUGCUGGUGAUGACAAACAUUUGUAAGAAUGAAGCGGAGGCAGAAAAGUUGAUUCAGAAGGUUAUUAAGGAGGGAUCUGCUAUGGAUCGGUUCUGUCGGAUGUUGUCAGUUCAAGGUGUCAAUGAGGAGACCAUUACAAGACUUGUAGCUGGGGAACAAGUGUUGCCGAUGGCCAACUACACCACCGACAUACCUGCUGUAGAGACUGGUUGGGUCAGUGGAGUGGAUGCCAUGAUAAUAGGCCAGGUCUGCCAAUGGCUAGGUGCUUGUCGGCGAACCACUUCAUCUCAGAUUGAUCCAAGUGUUGGUGUACAGGUUCACCGACGGGUAGGAGAUCAGGUGAGAUGGGGAGAUGUAUGGCUUACAGUACAUCACAGUUCUCCAUCUCUCUCUGCUCAAGUGUACGACAGUCUGACUAAAGCUAUUACCAUCUCUAACACGGAGGUCAAGGGGCAAGACAUAAUCAUUGAGGUCAUUCAUCAGUGAUUGUCAGCCAGUGAUCAGUUUUAUUAUUUAAAUUACCAAAAACUACGGUUCUACAUUCACCCUAUAGGCCUUAAGUAAUUUUACCGAUGUAAUGAUAAACCAAUGUGUAUAUUUUUGCUAUACAGUCCUAGAGUUUUACAACAAUUGCAAUGUACUGACAUAAUUUAAAUGAUAUAUAAAUAAACGUACGUUUAUUAAUAUUAAUUUGAAUGAUAUUAUUUAAUCCCAGUAGGGGAAAAGUAAAUCGUUUGUACGCAAGAAGCUAAUUAUUUGCUUUGAAUAGAAAUCUAAAUCAACAACAGUGUACGAGUACAUAGCAUAUCAAAUCAAAUUAUCUUUAUUCACUUUAUACAUUUUAUAUAUAUAAAUAACAGGAAGGGAUCACAUCAUUUGUCCGAGUUUUCAACUGUCCGAGUUUGUUAAA